GCCUAAGACGGCGCUACGGGGAGACAGGAAGGACGGCCGAUCAUCCUCGCGGUGGAAGACCACGUGUAACAACACCCGCACAGGAUGGGUACAUCCGAAUAUCACACCCGCGUGACAGGUACAGGAUGGCCACAACAACUGGCCGAGUCACACCAGGAACACACAAUCCCUCCAUCAGUGCUCAGACUGUCCGCAAUAGGCAGUCCAUGAGGAGGAGAUGCACUGCAGUACUUCAAGCAGCUGGUGGCCACCAGAUACUGACUGGUACUUUUGAUUUUGAGCCUCCCUUCAUUCAGGGACACAUUGGGAAACAUUUUUAGUUUAUGUCUUAUGGUGUUGACUCUUUUAGUGUUCAUACAAAUAUUUACACAUUAAGUUUACUGAAAGUAAAAACAGUUGAAAGUCAGAGGACGUUUCUUUUUUUGCUGAGUGUAUAUUGAUGUACAUGCCAAAACCUUAUUCUCCGGUUAAGACCAGCGGAAUGUGGAUAAUCUGAGUAUGACAAGUUAUCCACAAAGGCUGAUUUGGCAGAGGCAGCCCAAUCGUUAUGGUCUGAUUCUGUUUCCUGUGAUUAGAGGAUAAGUGAUUGGCUUCAAAAACCCUAAUUGGAAGGGUGCCUCUAAUACUUUUCUAUUCCCAUCAUUCUGGUACAAGUUCAUUAUGGUCUCAUCAGUCCAAUGUCUCUGGCGAAGUCUAAUCUGGCCUUUCUGCUCUGGAGUGUUAACGGUGGUUUGCACUUUGUAGUAAAGCAUCUGUAUUUUACGUCGUGAAGCUUGACUGCAGACUUUGACAAUGACAUGCCUACCUCCUCAGGAGUGUUCCUGACUUGGCUAGAUGCUGAGAGAAGGUUCUUUAACCCUACUUUAAUGACUUCUGGCCCUCCUUUCCAGUCCUUUUGCUGUUGCCGGGCUUGCCAGUUAGCUCGAUUUGUUCAAGAAUGUUCUAAACUCCGUAUGGGCCAGUGUUACGGCUAUCUUUUAAGUGAGUGAGGAAAGUGCAGUUUAGACGGUAGAUCUGUUUAAUCUUAAGCUUUCAUGACAUGUUCUUUCAAAAUGUUUCAGGAAUACAGAUGUAAUCUUACUUGGAUUACAGAUAUACAUUCCCACAGGAUCACACACCCUCAGGAACAUCUGAAUGUGCUAAUCAAAUGUGUGAGAUGCACUAACGACUCAUCCGGGGCACUUGAUUCCUCCCUCUCGCGGACCCCAGCAAUGAGCUCCAUUCUGGGUCACUCAUCCAUCAUCAGCACCUCGCGUCUGCUCCCCUCGGGUAUGGGCUACCCGGUAAUCACAUCUAUGAGCUCGCCCUCUGACUCGCUCCCUUCCACGCCCGCCAUGGGCUUUGGCGCUCUCAAUAGCCCACAGAUAAGCUCUUUGAAUAGUGUGAGCAGCUCAGAGGAUGUGAAGCCUCCUCCUGGUCUGCCUCCUCUGGCCAACGCUACCAUUUACCAGUGCACCAGUCCUGGCUCCAUGUCCAAACACAUCUGUGCCAUCUGUGGUGAUCGCUCCUCGGGAAAGCACUAUGGUGUGUACAGCUGUGAGGGCUGCAAAGGGUUCUUCAAGAGGACCAUCCGUAAAGACCUGACCUACACAUGUCGGGACAACAAGGAGUGUCUGAUUGAUAAACGCCAACGCAACCGCUGCCAAUACUGUCGCUACCAGAAGUGUCUGGCCACGGGCAUGAAGAGGGAAGCGGUUCAGGAAGAGAGGCAGCGUGGGAAGGAGAAGUGUGAGAGUGAGGUGGAGUCAACCUGCAGUUUAAAUGAAGACAUGCCUGUGGAGAAGAUCCUGGGUGCUGAGCUUGCAGUGGAACCCAAGACUGAAACACAUACAGAUGACAGUCCAGGAAACUCUACAAAUGACCCAGUCACUAACAUCUGCCAGGCAGCAGACAAGCAGCUGUUCACACUGGUUGAGUGGGCUAAAAGGAUACCACAUUUCUCGGAACUUCCUCUGGAUGAUCAGGUCAUUCUCCUUCGGGCAGGCUGGAAUGAGCUGCUCAUCGCCUCCUUCUCGCACCGCUCUGUCACAGUGAAAGAUGGGAUCCUGCUGGCCACAGGUCUCCACGUUCACCGGAGCAGCGCACAUACUGCUGGAGUUGGCUCUAUUUUUGACAGAGUAUUAACUGAGUUGGUGUCUAAGAUGAAGGACAUGCAGAUGGAUAAGACCGAGCUAGGCUGCCUCAGAGCCAUCGUUCUGUUUAACCCUGAUGCUAAAGGCCUUUCUAACUCAGCUGAGGUGGAGAUGCUUAGAGAAAAAGUAUACGCCUCGUUGGAGUCCUACACCAAGCAAAAAUACCCUAAUCAGCCGGGCAGAUUUGCUAAGCUCUUACUGCGUCUCCCCGCUCUGCGUUCCAUUGGACUGAAGUGUUUAGAGCAUCUCUUCUUCUUCAAGCUGAUUGGAGAUACACCCAUAGACACCUUUCUCAUGGAGAUGCUCGAAGCGCCCCAUCAGAUAACAUGACACAAGUCCACUCUCCCUUUGUUUUUUGUAAAUAUGUCUGUGUAAUAACUCGUAAUGAAUGAACUUGACUGUGAUGUAAGCUUCAUGGUUUGUACAGAGUGCAGGCCGCCCUGGUGUCAGAAGUGAGUUUGGGGGAUCAGGACAGGAAGAGGCUCACCAAGUACACUAAUUAGUUUUUGUACAUAGAUCAUUUUCAAGCACUCAGUCUAACAGCGAAACAAUGCAAAAAGAACAUUUAUUUUGUUGAAAAAACAUACAUGCAUUAAAAAUAGAAACUUUUACAGACUUCAGUGUCAUCUGAAUAAAAUAUUUAAAUUUACAGAGGCUCUUUUUCUUAUUGUGUGUAGAAUAUCUUUUGUUGUUGUUGUUGUUGUUGUGUCCGAUUCUUCGUGACCUCAUGGACCAUGGCACACCAGGCCCUCCUAGAUGCUGUCCAUGGGGUUUUCUUGGCAAGAAUACUGGACGUGUACUCCAAAAUAUGAAGUAUGUCUGUAAAUGAGCGCUACCUCCUGGCUGGAACUGCACCAGUCAGUGUUAAACGGCAGGUGGCGCUGUUGUGAAUAUUACCCCAGAAACACCAUGUCUUGUUAUAUUUACUAAUUACUAUUUUAUAUGGGAGAAUAAUACACACUGAUAUUAAAUAUUAAUAACUUAAAAAAUCAUAUCAUGUAUAAUUGUGAAGGAGAUGUAUUACUUCCUACAUCUUUAUUUAAAAAAAUAAUAAUCGCUGUAUAAUUAAAGUAUUUCUGGAUCAAAAACAGAAUAUGUUAAAUUGAAACUUUAAAACAAAAAGGUGAACAUAAGACUCUUUAAUUGACAAACGUUGUGGCACUGCAUCAUUUCAUCUCUUAUCUCCAUCUCCGUUUAUUAAAGGACGCUGACACUCUUUGGAGAAUUUUACCAAGCUAUAUUUUCUUUAUUUAUUUCUUAUUUAAG